CAGCAGGCCGACCUUGCGAAUGCGCGAAUCUUGCUCAAGCAAUGAUCACACCGGAGUAACCACGAAAAUGGACAACUCAUAUGGCCAGAUAUGAUAAAGCGGCAGGGAAUACUCAAUGAAGACCUAAGUUUCGAUUUUGUGUUCCAAGAAUCCUGCAGUUCACCCAGUGCGGAGGUUGGACGUGGCGCCGUUUGGGUGACUUUCCUGGUUCUUUAUCUUAUCUCCCCUCCAUCCAGCCACUUUACGCGCUCCGACGCGUCACCGGGAGCUCUUCCCAACUACGUAAUACAAGACUCAAGUUAGUAACGAUUCGACUUUUAAGACUUCUGCAGCCCCUCAAUCAAUACGAAGACAAAACACUCAGGAAACAAUGUCGCAACCAAUUCUCUCAAUUGAAGAGUCCGCCGCCACCCCGUGCGCAAUGGCCAACAUCCUGCCCUGCCGCAUUCAUCACAAUGGUCCAGUGGACCCAAUUGACACUUUCUGGUCACCGACAAGUUCACAAGACGGCAAGAGAACUGCCUAUUUCCGAGGUCGCAAACUGAAAGCCGAGACCACCCCUCUCCCAGAGUCCUACCGUGGAGUUGUAGUUGAACAAGCGCCAAGAGUCGAAGCUCCUCCUGCGGAAGAAGGCGAGAAGAAAACGGUGGAAACAAGUUCCCUGAAAGUGACUGGUACAUUUGAGGAGGUCGCAGUCUGGGGCCAUGAAGAGCCCGUAGACAGAGAAUCAGACGGUUUUGUUCGAGGCGUUGAGGAAUGGUUGAACAUUGCUGAUAAGAUUCAUUCAUACGGGCCUUCAGGCAAAGUGGUUGAGUAGUGUACACAAGGCGUACAAAGGGCAGCAUAUAUACCCUUCUUCGAUUAGAUACCCGACAGCGGCUUUAGCUGGGCGCAAUGAGCGAUCCGGCAGGCAGUCAUAUAGCAUGGUCUUGGAUGCUCGCCUCACGAUAAUGGCAUCUCAGCCUUCGAGGUGAAGCAGACACGACCAUCGCUGGCUUGGAUACACGCGCAACACAGGUCCAUGACGCAAACUCGAUCAGAGCAGCACCCCAGUGCACCUGAGCUUUUCAGUUCAGCAGGAGCUUC